CGCUCAAAAUCCUGCGUAACGUGGUUUCACUUUGUUUUCUUCUCGGUUGCUGGUGAAGUUGCAUCUUUUCUGAGUUCAUCAAUCCAUAGAAAUGCCGAGUCUAGUCGGAAAUGGGUACUCUGAAAUAUACAGUGAUUCUAAUUUUGCUGGUAGAAACAAAAACAAAGAAAAGAAAUCUGUGAAGGUGGAGAAAACUGAUGAGAUUCGAUCAGGGGGAUAUUCCACACCUCGGAAAAGGCGAUUGAGAUCUGGAACUAGCCAUGACAGUCCAGUCUCAAUUCCUUCCACUUCCUGCUCGCCGGAUAAAUGGAAAUCGCCUCGUAGAUGCAUCGAUAGCAGCCCAAAUAGCGUUUCAAACGAAAUUCGCAAAAAAUCUGGUAAUAAGCUAGUCUAAUUACAGAAAACUGGCAAAGGAUCUGAUAAUAAGCUUGCCGAAUCACCCAAAACUGUCAAAGGGUCCGGUGAUAAGCUUGCUGGAUCACACAAAUCCACUCGGAGAAGAUUGUAUGAUAGUCUUCCUCAGAUACCAACAUGGAAUCCCAAAGAUUCUGAGCAGAUGAGUGCCGUGAAAAAAGCAUUGCAUGUAUCAACAGCACCUUGUGCUAUCGUGUGCCGGGAGGAGGAACAGAAAAGGAUAUUGGAUUUCUGCAAAKCAUGCAUAGACCAGAAGAAAGCUGGGAAUUUGUAUAUCUCUGGGUGUCCAGGGACGGGAAAAACAUUAACAAUAAACAAAGUUAAAGAGCAACUGGUUGAAUGGACAAAAGAGGCUCUUCCAUAUGAUGUCUUUCAACCUCAAGCAUUGGAGAUUUGUGCAAGAAGAGUUGCAGCUGCAUCUGGAGAUAUGAGGAAAGCUCUCUGUGUUUGUAGGAAUGCAAUUGAGAUGCUAGAAGAAGAGUUGAAAAAUCAAAGUGGUAGUACAGGAUUGUUACAGGUUGAGCAGGCAUCACCUCAUCAACUGAUAUCUCCUGUAGCAGAAUUAUUGAAGCAAGAAAUUAACAUUGUGAGGGUUGAUUAUAUGGCCAUUGCUUUAUCAAGGGCAUUCAAAUCAGCAAUAGUGGACACUAUACAGUCUCUUCCACAGCAUCAACAGAUGAUACUUUGCUCUUUGGUGAAACUUUUCCGCAAGGGAAAGAAAGAUACUACUAUUGGAGAUCUGAAUAAAUCUUACUCCGAGAUCUGUAAAUCAGCACUAAUCCCCCAUUCUGGCAUUCCGGAAUUCUCAAAUAUGUGUAAAGUGCUCGGUGACCAGGGUCUUCUCAAACUUGGCCAAUCUCGAGAGGAUAGAUUAAGGAGAGUAAUAUUAAAAAUUGAUGCAGAUAUUACUUUUGCCUUGCAGGGGAUACGAUUCUUUCGGAAUUGUCUUCAACAAUGCUAGUCCUAAGACUAAGCAGAAGGAAAAACCAGAUUCUAGUAAGUAGUAAUCUAGCAUACAAGCAGUCGAAGUUUCUCAACUGAAUAAGGGUUCGAGCAGUUGUUCCCCAAGUAAUUGAAAAUGUUCUUCUGCCUCCUAAAUCCUAAUUGUUGUUUAUUAUAAUUAUCAUUCAUUGUUUAUUAAAUGAAAUUUACAUUUUCCAUCAUGGAAAUAUGUAGCCUUUGAAUAAUUGAAUUUCAAAGUUGCUUUCA